AUAGCAGAAUUGGUUAUGUUUAAAUAUUUUCCUUUCUAGUUUUUCCAAUUUCCAUUAGUAUACAAUGGUUUCAAUAGAAUCAAUAAUUAACAACGAGUCCGUUGUAAAGUCUGCAAUUUUAACUUUUCUAUGGGCAGAAUUUUUGUGGGAAUUCUACUUAUCAAUAAGACAGUACAGGAAAGAAUUAACAGUGGAAAAUGUGCCCAAGGAGUUAAAAUCGACACUUACACAAGAAACCUUUCAGAAAUCUAAGGAUUACUCUCUUGCCAAGCUGAGAUUUGGAUUUGUAAAAGAUACUUUUGGAGUCAUUUUCAGCACAAUUGUACUGUAUGAAAACAUUUUAUCCACAGUGUGGAAUUAUGCAGUAUACCUCAAUAAUAGUGAAGCUGAAGUAUCAACCAGUUGCAUAUGGUUGGUAAUUUUGUCACUAAUCACUACCCUCUUUGAUCUCCCUUUCACAAUCUACUACACAUUUGUGCUUGAAGAAAAGUUCGGCUUUAACAAACAAACUGCAGGUUUCUUUAUCUGGGAUAAAAUCAAGACCUUUAUUGUAAGCCAAGCGAUUACUUUGAUGGUCUCAUCAAUUGUUAUAGUAAUUAUCAAAAAUGGUGGUGAUUAUUUCUUCAUCUGGCUUUGGGCUGCUGUUUGCAUCAUCACAUUGGUUUUGAUGAUUCUUUAUCCAUCAGUAAUUGCUCCAAUUUUUGAUAAAUAUACUCCACUCCCUGAAGGUGAGCUCAGAACUCAAAUUGAGGCUUUGGCUUCUCAAUUGAAAUUCCCCUUAUCUGAACUGUAUGUAGUGGAAGGCUCAAAACGUUCUGCUCACAGUAACGCUUACUUUUAUGGCUUGUUCAAGUCCAAGAGGAUUGUUCUCUAUGACACGCUGCUGGAGAAGGACGACGGAACGGGAUGUAAGAACGAUGAAAUUUUGGCCAUUUUAUCUCACGAGUUGGGUCAUUGGAGUCACAAUCAUGUCUUGAAAAAUUUAAUCAUUAUCCAAGUCAACAUGUUCAUGUUGUUCACGCUCUUUUCGUUUAUGUUCAAGGCUCCAAUUAUUUAUAAAGUUGUAGGCUUCUACAAAUAUCAGCCAGUUCUUAUUGGAUUGUAUGUAGUUCUUAUGUACAUUAUGUCCCCAUAUAAUGCUCUGUUGUCGUUCUUUACAACUUGGCUCUCAAGAAGGUUUGAAUUCCAAGCGGAUAGAUUUGCAGUUGAACUGGACAGGGGCGAGCCACUGGCUAGAGCUUUAAUACAAUUAAAUAAAGACAACUUAGCAUUCCCUGUUUAUGAUGAAUUGUAUUCUGCUUAUAAUCAUUCCCAUCCACCUAUUCUCGAAAGACUGGCAGCUCUUGAAGAUGGACGUAAGAAGAAGAAAUAAACUAAAGACUAGCUUAAUAUUUUUCAAUUCAUUUGUUUUCAUUUAUAUUUCUGAAUACAUAUGAAAUAUAAUUUUUUUAUUGUAUUUUGUUGCAAAUAAAUGAAUGUCUAUACA